UGGCCCCUGUGCACCGGCACACAGAGAGAGAGAACCAGAGAGAGAGAACAAGCCGAAGGGACGGAGAGAGUGAGAGGGAAGAAGAUUACACCAAGGCCAAUUUGAAACGCUCUCAGCUGUUCACUCAGAGCAGCUGCUUCCCAGAAGACCAAGACAAACAGGAUCAGCUGGGGUUGGUGCUCUCAAGGUGCAGCGUCGGAGAGAGACUGGCAACACGAGAACAAAGUACUCACGGAAAAAGGUGUGAGUGGAAAGGAGUGGUGGGGUUUCCUCGCAGCAUGCCACUUUCACAGCAGCACCGUGGGGCCACAGCGCCCGUAACCAGCUGGAUCCUGGUUUUGGCUCUGUCUCUUGCUCUACAGGGGGCCAUUCACGCUGCUCCAUCAGGAGACAACAAGCUGGUUCGUACCACCAGAGUGAAGAGACAGACCCCCGGUGGGGAUCAGCCCCCUUCCUCCACCAACCAGACACUGCUGGAGCAACCAGUGGUCUUUAACCAUGUAUACAACAUAAAUGUUCCCUUAGAGUCUCUGUGCUCUGUCGACCUGGACGCCUCAGCACCACCUGUCCCCAAUUCACGUGCUGAGCUGGGGUCCAGACCUCCAGUUGAGGGUCCGAUGGAUCCAGGUGGACCAACAGAAUAUAUGGAGCAGACCCUGGAUGCUGACAGCCAGGUCACGUUUACUCACCGCAUCAACAUCCCCAAAGCUGCAUGUGGCUGCACAGCGACAACCAUGAUCCAGCAGCUCGCCACCAGGGUGGAGAUGCUAGAGAGAGAAGUUUCCAUGCUCCGCGCUCAGUGUGGGUCCGGAUGCUGUGGGGAGAGCUCAGCCAUGGGUCGAUUGGACUUUGUCCCUGGCUGCGGUGGCCAUGGCAGCUUCAGCUUCGACUUAUGUGGCUGCAUCUGCGAGGAAGGUUGGAGCGGCAAAAACUGCUCCGAGCCGCGCUGCCAGGACGACUGCUCCGGCCAGGGCGUGUGCAUCGAAGGGGAGUGCGUGUGCGAUCAGGACUUUGGAGGCGAAAACUGCUCCGAGCCGCGGUGCCCCUCGGACUGCUCGGGCCGCGGGUUGUGCAUCGACGGGGAGUGCGUGUGCGAGGAGUCCUUCACCGGCGAGGAUUGCAUGGUCGGGAGGUGUCUCAACGACUGCUCGGACCAGGGGCUCUGCAGCAACGGGACGUGCCAGUGCCGGCCCGGGUACGUGGGCGAGGACUGCUCGCUGGUGUACUGCGCCAACAACUGCAGUAAGAAGGGAGUCUGCAAGGAGGGCUUCUGCGUCUGCCAGGACGGCUUCGCUGGGGACGACUGUAACUCCGUGGCACCUGUCAUGAACUUGAUGGUCCGGGGGGCGACUGAUCGCACUAUCGACCUGGAGUGGGAGGGCUCGGUCGUACUCACAGAUUUCCUGGUGACUUACACACCAAGCAGUCCUGGAGGUGUGCAACUAGAGUUAAGGAUCCCAGGCAACACCACCACCUGUACUAUCUCAGGCCUGGAGGCAGGCAUAGAGUACAACAUCAACGUGUUCUCCGUGAUAAACAACAGCAUCAGUGUCCCUGACAGCAUUUCUGUUUGGACAUAUCUCUCCAAUCCGGACGGUUUAGUCUUCAAAUCCAUCACAGAGACGUCGGUGGAGGUCCACUGGCAACCCUUCUACUAUUCCUUCGAUGGAUGGGAGAUCAGCUUCAUUCCCAAGGACAAUGAUGGAGGGAUGACGGCACAGCUGCCAAGCACCAUCACUUCCUUCGUGCAGACUGGUUUGAGACCGGGGGAGGAGUAUACCGUCAACUUGGUGGCGCUCCGAGAUCAGGGCCGAAGUCAGCCAGUCACCGCCACCAUCUCAACAUUGAUUGACGGCCCCACUCAGCUGAUUGUGCGGGAUGUGUCAGACACGGUGGCGUUCGUGGAGUGGACACCUCCCAAAGCCAAGAUCGAUCAGAUUGUACUGCGUUAUGGCCUCGUGGGAGGUGAGGGGCCACGGACCACCUUCCGCCUCCAGCCUACACUAAGCCAGUAUUCACUGCAGGUCCUGCGCCCUGGCUCCCGUUACGAAGUGUCGGUCAGAGGAUUGAGGAAAGGAAACGAGAGCGGAUCCAUUUCCACUGAGUUCACAACCGAAAUUGAUGCCCCCAAGAACCUGCGGCUCGUGUCCAAGACCUCCACCGCCCUCGAGCUCGAAUGGGAUAACAGUGAAGCAGAGGUGGAGGGCUACCAGGUGGUGUACAGCACGUUAGCAGGAGAACAGUAUGAUAAAGUCAUUGUGCCACGCAACGAGGGAGCCACCUCUAAGACCACUCUCACAGACCUGCUGCCAGGCACCGAGUACGGCAUCGGCAUCUCCGCCAUGAAAGGCAGCAACCAGAGUACACCGGCAACAAUGAACGCCAGGACCAGUCUGGACGUGCCCAUGGACUUAACUGUGACGGCGUCAACAGACAACACCAUCACUCUGGUGUGGGGCGUGGUCCAGGGUCCAAUCGACCACUACAAAGUCACCUUCACUUCCUCCUCUGGCGUCUCCACAGAGCUGACGGUGCCUAAAGAUGUGACCACCACCACCCUGACCGACCUCGAGCCCGGGACAGAGUACACCAUCACCGUCGCCGCGAGAAGAGGCCGACAGCAGAGCACUGCAGCGACCAUAGACGCCUUCACAGGAAUCAGACCCGUCACGCACCUCUACCUGUCCGAGGUGACUUCAGACUCUGUGUCAGUGGCGUGGAGCGCCCCGGCGCCGCCCGCCACCUUCUUCAUCCUGAGCUACAGCUCCGCCGACGGGACUGACACCUCUAAGGUGACGCUGGACGGCUCCAAGACAAGGUCGCUGGUCCAGGGCCUGCUGCCGUCCACUCCGUACACCGUCAGUCUGAUCACGAUUCAGGGGGAGGUUACCUCUGAGCCCAUUACAGCAUCACUCACUACAGGACUAGACCCACCGAAGGAGGUGACGGUGUCGGAGGUGACCGAAGACGCGGUGACCAUCUCUUGGAUCAAACCACUGGCUCCAUUUGAAUACUACAGGUUCUCCUACCAGUCGGCCAAAGGUCGAGUGGACAGCGUGGUGAUUGACAGUGAUGUGACCAACUACACCUUGUCCAGUCUGUUUCCUGCUACGGAAUAUGAGAUCAGUCUCAACGCUGUCAGAGCGAGUCAGGAGAGCAAAGUGGUCAGCACCUCCGUCUUUACAGCCAUGGACAUGCCAGCUGAGUUGACAGCCCUCAACAUCACCCCACAAGGAGCCCUGCUGCGGUGGAAUCCUCCUCUGUCCAGUGUUGACAACUACGUGCUGACUCUCACACACAACCAAGUGACGGCUGAUACUCUGCUCGUGGAAGGCAACAAGCAGGAGCACCAGCUGACCAACCUUAAGCCCAGCACCACCUACUCGGUGGCCCUCUACGCCAGCAAAGGACCCCUCACCAGCGGCACGGUCAUCACCAACCUCCAGACACCCAUGGAUGCACCGCUGAACCUGACAGCCAGUGAAGUGAAUCACCGCAGCGCUCUCAUCUCCUGGCAACCGCCAAUCGCAGAAAUUGACAACUACAUGCUGACCUACAAGUCAACUGACGGCAACCGAAAAGAGUUAAUACUGGAUUCAGAGGACACUUGGAUUCGACUGGAGGGACUCGGUGAGACCACAGAGUACACUGUCAAGCUGCAGGCAGCGAGAGGACUUGACACCAGUGCAGUCGUCUCCACUACCUUCACUACAGGGAGUCGUCUGUUUGCGACACCUCAGAAUUGUGCCCAACACCUGCUGAAUGGAGAGACGCUGAGUGGUGUCUACACAAUUUACAUCAACAGAGACCCGAGCCAGGGCGUGCAGGUGUACUGCGACAUGACCACUGAUGAAGGAGGGUGGAUUGUGUUCCAGCGUCGUCAGAACGGCCUGACAGACUUUUCCAGGAAGUGGAGUGACUACAGGGUCGGAUUCGGAAACCUGGAGGAUGAGUUCUGGCUCGGUCUGGACAACAUCCAGAAGCUCGCGGCUCAGGGUCGCUAUGAGCUAAGGAUUGACAUGAGGGAUGGACAGGAGUCGGUUUACGCAAAUUAUGACAAAUUCUCCAUUGGAGACGCGAGGAACCUCUACAAGCUGAGGAUAGGAGAGUACAAUGGCACCGCUGGUGACUCUCUGAGCUACCACCAGGGCCGGCCCUUCUCUACAAAAGACAGAGACAACGACAUCGCUGUCACUAACUGUGCCUUGUCUUACAAAGGAGCCUGGUGGUACAAGAACUGCCACCGGGCCAACCUCAAUGGAAAAUACGGCGAGUCCAGACAUAGUCAGGGUAUCAACUGGUAUCACUGGAAAGGACACGAGUUCUCCAUUCCCGCUGUGGAGAUGAAGAUGAGGCCGUUCAACUUCCGUAGCAUCAGCAGCAAGAGGAGGCGGUCUGCCCCCGUAUAAACAACUCACCCCCGCCCGCCCCGCAGUCUGGAUAAACAGAGUUCGGACAGUGUUCGGUAUUGAGUCCCUGCUAUCUGUGCGCCUCACUGUCAGAGCGGGCACGUCCCGAUGUACCUGUGCCAAGGCUCUUUAAUGAGGCUGCAAGGAAGAAAAUAGUUACGAUGGGGGAAAAGUUACUAAUACAUAUUAAUAUUCAUUUUUAUAAUAAUAAUACAUCACAUUAUUAAUACACUACCAACAACAAUCAGAAGCUGUGAUCGAAUGAGUAGCAGAGAAGGUGAAGCCUUUGUCCGAACUCUGUUUAUCUCUGCUCCUGCGCGGCUUUAGCUGUCUCUCCCUGCUGUACUUCUACCGAGAUGAUAGAAGACACUGUAUGUAAUUUAUUAUUAAAUACUUUGAAUGACAAUGGUAUUAUUUGCUGUAAAAAUGGAAGGCAAACCAAUAUUUCCUCCCCCCCUACCCAUUUCGGUCUGCGAUUUGCCUUUCCCUUGAGGUGCGAGGAAAUGUGCUCUGAAAAGGUCCUGAAGAGUGCUUCUAGAGUUCCUGUUGUUUUAACCUUUAUGAAAUAACAACACUUUUAAUGAAAGAUAUACUGUAUAUGCCAUUAAAACCCUUAACUGUAAGAUAUAUAUAUAUUUUUAUAACUGAUAAUGUGACAGAAGUCCCAUCUAUUUAAUAUGAUUUGAUGCCUUGGUUCUGUUUAGCCUAUAUUAAGUUGAUGUGAUCAUACGACAUCCUGAGAAAUACUGAACAUGAGAAGGGAAGAAAACCAUGAGAAUCAAAAAUCAAAGCACCAGCAACAGCUCCAUCACCAUCUCUUUCAUUUUACAUGUGUUUAACUGCUCAUUUUAAUGUUAUUUGUGAUGACUAUUAAGGCGGAAUGGGGAUAAACAUUAAUAUUCUAAUUUAUUCAUAUUGGCAGUCACAUUGAGACAGUAUUUGCACUACGAGUGGGAACACAGCAAAGCUAUUGUUCAUUCCAUUCAGCCGAUAUAUUGAAUCGUUGGUGGGCGUUUGAUAUCACUUUCAAACAAAUUACAGACACUUAACAUGUAUUUCACCCCCUCAUGUAGAUGCUGUGAUUGCUUGCAGAGAUGUUGCUGAUAGAUAUAACAUUUAACCAAAGAUCUGCAGAAUUAACAGUCAGCCUGCUGUUUGGAAAGACGCCAGUCAAACUGUCACCAAAGCCCCACAAGCAGCUUUUUCCCUCCUGUGUUAAUAGAUUCUCACUUUUCACAGAGUUUUAUGGUAAUCGUGUCCCCGAGCGUUACUUUAUGCAACGCAAACAUUAAACUCUAUGCAAAAGAAAGCCGGGGUGGGCACGCUGCAGAUUUUAGCCUCGCCUCUCCCCCACUGCUAGCUGAGAUGAACUUAACAAAGAGAGCAGAACAGUGGGUGGAGUGGAGCCAAGCCUUCUCCUUUGUGCCCUUCUUUUACUUGCUUCACUGUUUAAGCUCCCCGGUGGAACAACAUAAUCAGCAAACAUGGCAGAGAAUGUAUUCUUUUAGUCGGGCGGGUAUAAUCUGCAGCGGGCCCACCAAGAAUUUAGUUUUAGUCAAUGUUCUCACUGUUGCACAAAGUGUUCAGUGCUGGCUAGUAAACGGGAGAGUUCUGGAAACAGUUUCUACUUCAGUUUCCUGUCAACUCUUCAGGAGGAGUGUUACCUCUGUGGAUCCUCCUCUAUGGCCUCACUCUAUCAACUGGAAUGGGAAUCAGUGGAGCUCAUACCUCCACCAGGGCACAGCAAUCCCCUUAUGGAACCACAUUGUUAUUCAUAAAAUUCCGAUUUUUUUAUUGGAUCUGCACCAAAUUGGAUACACUCCCCUAAACAUGCCUGAUUUUUGUUCAUCAAGAUCUAUGAAUAUUUCUCCACGAAAUUAGGUGAAAAUGCUGAAUAAUAUCCCAUCCACCCCCUGGUCUGGAUCCACCUAAAUUAAAUGGGUUCUUCCCUGACCCAUCCGGCAUCUGACCACCAAGUGUCAUGGUAACACAUUGAGAAUCUUUGUGUAAUCUUGCAUACAAACAAGCUGACAGGGGUGAAAACAUAACCUCUUGGUGGAGAUAACAAAAACAAUAUUAAUUGUCCAAUACCUGAUUUGGAAUUCAAUGUCACCAUCGAUUCAAGCAACAUUCGGUCUGAUGUAUGUUCAAUACGCCAAUUAUGAACCGCCGCAACUGUCAUUCUUCUAUAAUUCAGUUAUAUUAUUAUAUAUUUCAGUCAGUUUCUUCAAUUCUCAUUGAGGUCAACCAGCAAAUCUGGCUUGUAUCAUACGUCUGUGGAUAUUUUUCAUUUGCAAUUUCUUUCUGUCCUUUUUAGAAAAACCAUAACAAUAGUGACUCUCCCCUCUAUAAACUACUGCUAAUUUACACGUGUAGAUAUAGAGUUGAAGAUACUGUGUCAUUUGAUGUGUUCCCCCUUAAACUGCAAACCGAUGUAUGAAGCCCACUGAAACAUUUCCACUAAACCAGUGUAUUUCUAGCCGUUGUGUUCAGGGCUGGAUGGAGAACUCCUGCAUGUCGACUCCAUUACAAUCCUGAGCCUGAUAGUAGAUGUCAUUAGAACAUGUUUUCAUUUUGAUUUUAUUGCGUCACUUAUUGCAUUACUCUGCUGCUGUGGGUCAAAGGUGCUUUUGAAAUGGUUUGCGAGAUGGGAGAUGUAAAAAAAAGCGUUUUUACAUCAUCAGGUGGAAACAGUGGAACCAGCCUCGAUGGCAAAAUACCACCAACAUAACCCAAAACAUAAUUUGUAACAAACAGUUUCAGCACGUGAUCCCUCCCCAGGUCUGAUUUAUGUUUUGCUGUCAAAGGGACUAUUCCAUAGCCUCUCAUGCAAUCCAUCUCCCGUAGUGAUUUAUGGUAGCGUAGAAAAUUCUCUGUGUACUUAUUUCAUUAACUACUUAGAUGAAGUUUGCCUCUGUGUAUUUUUGUACAAGGAAUCAAAGGUCCCGAGGCUUUGCAGAAAAGGAACAGAAUGUUAUUUCUACUGUGAGGGAUUUCUGUCAUGGCAAACUGUGAGGUGCUCUUUCACUAAACUUUCAAGAAGAAAGCUCAUUUAAUAUUCACGUUCAUUUCACAUAUUUGUUUUUCAACCAUCCUCCAGCAGUGAGAAAAUCACAUUGAGUCGAGUGGAAAACUUCUCUCCCACCUUUUAUUUUAGGCUAAUCUAUUAAUGUAUGUUCUUAACUCUAAAUAAUUCAUCCAUUGCUUGAGACAAACAUCACAUUCAUUAGUGUAAUUAAAAAGCAAUAUUACUUUUGAUUGAGAGCUUUCAGAAAAAGAUAUUAACUCUCGUCAUGGAAAAAUGUCUGGAUUUACACAGAUGAAAGGAGUCUGAAUUAUAUUAUUUGUAUUCUGAACAACGUGACUGUAAUCCCUUUAUAAACAAAUACGCCUAAGUAGAUUGUUUUUCUCAAAACAAACCAACUGAUUGAGUCAAUUUUUGUUUUAUCUUUAAUCUCAAUGUCAUUAUGUAAAGUUUCACCCCAUCAGUCUUUGAAAAGAGCAUCUCCCCCAUAAUUAAAGCGCAAAACCCGCAGUCACUAGAAUAAACUCACACAGCAUCAGCUCCUUUCUCCUGAGGAAGCUCGUUCCCCUCCGUAUUUAUUUCACUGCAGUUCAUUUUCCAAUCACUCUGUGACUGAUGUGACAUUGUAAAAAAGAAAUCAGUUAUUCGCGACACCAGGUCCUGUUUGGUAUUAAAGGAGAACGUAUUUAUUUCACGGGUUUACUUUUACAAGCUGAUGAACUGAUAGGACCACGAUGCUCAGUGGGACUUGUUACAGACGCCAGGUACCGUCAAUGAUUGGAGAUCUCGUCACGAGAAUGUAAAUGUUAACGGAAUGUGAUCUUGACUGUUUGAAAAGCUCAUAUGUACUUAAACUGCGGAUUUGUUGUUGGAUAACCUUGAUUAUUACUGUCAAAUUUAGCUCUAGUUUGAACAUGUACUAUAUAGUUCCUUUUUUAUUACAUUUUCUACAUAUUAAUAAAAUAGUAAA